AUGGAUGACCAGAGCUCCGAGCAGACCAUGGUGGACCUCUACCGGUCUUUUGUGGGUGCCAACCAAAGUGGGCCCACUGUUGAUGUAUUGCUGGGCCCGGGCAGCUUCCAGUUUCGUCGUGCUGCCGCGCCUCGGCCAGAAGCGCAGGUGGCCUCCGAGUACCAGCUACCAGACAUCACCAGAGCCUUCGUGGCAGAUUUCUGGCAUACCCUUGGAGCUAAGGAUGCCUAUUCUUCUGUGGUCACUUCCAAAACAGAGGCCCCUGGACUUCCUUACAUUUCCUGCGUCCAAGGAGGCCUGGAGGAGCCUGGAGGAGUGGGGACGGAGGAAGGCCGCGCCUUCUGGGCCGCGCAAAAGAAAAACAAAGGCUACUACCUCCGCGCAGGAGCUGAGCUUCUGACCUGCGACGGUCCGUGCGAAGCCGACCGAGACCUUGCCACUUGUUUCUGUUUGUAG